GUCAACGUUUUACCAAGAACGGUACAUUUCUCAGCGAGAACGCUCGGAGUGCAGCCAUUUCUUUCAUCGGUCACAGUUAUUUAGCGUUGUUCGAGAGAAGUAUCUCCUGUCCGUAACACACACGUCGGAGUAACAGCAAGUUAGAUUUCCUCGUCGUUUUCUCGGCUGGCUUGCCUGCCAGCUGAAUCUCGUCGAAAUGGACCCAGCAAGCCGAUACCAAGUGCUGCACAAUGAGGAUGACUCUUCCGAGGCCUCGACCAGCGAGCAGCAGCCGUGCACUUCUGCCACGGCCCAGGCUGGCACAUCCGGCCAGGACCAGAGCCAGGCCCAGGCCCAGGCCCAGGCCAGCCCGGCGCCUGCCGCCGCAGCAGCAGCAGGGGAGGCAUCAGGAUCGAGGACUCCGGGGGAGGCGGAGGCACCUCCACCUCCUUACGCCUCCAUUGACCUGGGGGCAACCGCUGCAGCACCUGAGACCAGUUUCCGAGGAGACUUCCCAGUGCCUCCGCCCUACAGCGUCGCCACCUCGCUGCCCACAUAUGACGAAGCGGAGAAGGCCAAAGCGGCCGCCAUGGCUGCCUCCACUGUGGAGGUGAUGCCGCGGGAUGACGAAUUCCCUCCCAGAGACGAUUUCAGUGACGCUGAUCAGCUUCGCGUGGGGAACGAUGGAAUCUUCAUGUUGGCCUUUUUCAUGGCCUUCCUCUUCAACUGGAUCGGGUUCUGCCUGUCCUUCUGUCUGACCAACACCAUCGCAGGGCGGUACGGAGCCAUCUGCGGCUUCGGCCUCUCCCUCAUCAAGUGGAUUCUUAUCGUCAGGUUCUCGGACUACUUCACUGGCUACUUUAACGGUCAGUACUGGCUCUGGUGGAUCUUCCUGUUGCUCGGUCUCCUGCUCUUCUUCAGGGGUUUCGUUAACUACCUAAAAGUCCGCAACAUGUCAGAGAAUAUGGCCACCUCUCAUAGAACACGCCUCUUCUUCCUCUACUAAACGGUUCCCACAUCAUCACCACACCUUUCCAAUGUGAACUUCCUUCCCUCCCCCUCGAAUGACCUGACCGAGGAGCCUUGCAGUGAAAAGAGGAGACGGGGAAGGAAUGAAGGAAAGAAGUAGGGAGAAAGUGUUACCAGUCUCAUUAAAAGCAUAACACGACUCGCUCUGAAGCCUCUACUUCUGAACCGAGCUGAAAAACAAGUCUUUGAUGAUCAGAUCUCUUCCCUGGCUUUGUUUUUGUUUUCCACUUUCUUUUGAUUCGAAGCUCUUUACUGCUCUAGGAUCUUGUGAACCCCCCCGUCCCACGCAUGUGUCAUGUCUCUGAAUAGUGGGAGUGCUUUUAAGAUGCGUGACCUUCGUUACCUGAGGCACAUUCAGCAAACCCUCGCUACAAAUUGGGCUGCUGCAAAUUGAGAUGUCCAAUAUUUUAGGAGUCACAGAAACACUAAAUGAAAGCACAAUGAAACAAUGUCUUAAAUAUAGUUAGCGCAUAUAAACACAAGGCAAACAAGUUCCUCAUUUUGCUUUCCUUGUGUUAACUAACAGCAGUGUUUUCAGCUAAUGGCUGAAUGAAAACCUCUGUUUGGGAUCUUAACAUGGAAAACAUGUCGGAAGGUGAAACUCAUUCAGAUUCCCCCUCCGACUUCGCCCCUUUGUCUCCGACUUUUUGCCAUAAAAUAGCAGGUUAGCGUUUCAACCAGUGCGUUUGUGGUUCACAACGUAUCUCCAGCAAUCUUAGCACCAGUUUUGCCAUUCCACCUAUUUAAGGUCAGGGCGUUUUGAAUAAGUCUUAGUGUAAUGUAGCAUUUUCACACCCUCGAUAAUGUGAGGCGACGCCAAAUUCCAUCCAAGAACGUCUCGGCCUCCGCGCUCGUAAAGAAAUGAUGGAAGAUUUUCGUCUUAAUUACUCAAACGUGCACCAGAAACUUGCAUUCAUCAGUUUACAUAUCACAGACCCUGAUGCAUUUAGCGUUUUUAAACCAAACUCCUGUCGACCUUUGGGGAUUGGGAUAACAGACCAGAAGCAUUUCCAAAAUCAGUUUCAGACGGAAGAAACAGCCAGGCGGUCGAUGAAAGUCGGUAAAAUGUGCGCCAUUUACGUGAAAACAAAACGUGAUCUGAAAUGGAUGUAUGUGCGUCUGCCGCUUUUCCUUUCUUAGCCUUUUAACUGUCAUGCUGACCUGACCUAUGCAGUAAAAAUGUUCAUCGAUCGGGACAUUUUUUUUAGAAGAGGAGGGCUACAUUUACCGCUGCACCGGUUGGCAUUUUCUUCGUUUGAAUCGAAGCAAAAGGAACAGAAAGAUUCAGAUUCGCCGGCCCAAACCAAAACCUCUGUUCUCUGUUCUUAACCACAUUUUCCAGUCAGAUCUCCUCAUUCGCCGUUUCUUCUCCAGCUCCACACUGAUCGCCAAAUAUGUCUGGAAGCUAAUCUGUAGGCUUCUCGGAUAAAUCAGUGUUUUUAGGCCACAUUCGGAGGAACGAGGCCCACAGGCAGGGAGGUGAGCCCCGCAUGCGUCUCCCGCUCCGGUGCUGUGGAAGUGCAGCUGUUAAUUAGCAGUGCAGCAACCGUGUUCCAGGCUUUGGAAUGAAAGUAUGCAAUUUAGUUCUUUUUAAUGAGCUGCAGUGAAGUGCUGUGAUGUCGUUGAAUAGUUGAGUCAUCAGACAUUGAAGUCAGGUUCGGUCCAGAGUGAGGCUGUUGUUUCGUCUUGGAUUGGAGGGAUCACAGAAAACAGCAAGUUAAAUGUGUGUGUGUGUGUGUGUGUGCGUGUGUACGCACUUGCCAACAAAAUCUUUUGGAUUCGCAGGAAAUCAGAACGCAAUGCAAUAAAACCAAGUGGAAUGUGACUGGUUCUGCAUGUUGUGCAUGAUGUAGAGAAACCCAACACAUGGAUCUCUGUCUGGGUUUUAUGAUUUCAAUUAGACUCAAAUUUUUGUUCUCAUGGAGCGAGAAAGCUUGUGCCCAAUCCCAGUGUCCCUCAACCCUCACGGACUUAUUUGAUAUCACUUGUCAGCGCUUGAGCGUGAGAGACCGUGAGGCCCCGAAUCGGUAUAACUAGCACAACAGCGCUCUGUUAGCUUGUGGUGAACGUUCACAAAAGGAUGACACACACACAGUCAGGUUAACGAUAGCAGCACGCACACAUCAAAUUAAAUGACACAAGGUGCAUAUGAAGACCAUAAAAUGAAAAUGUUUAAAGACAAUUGCAUAGAAAUAAAUAAAAAAACAUGAGUACACAUUUACACAAAUGGAAGCAUAUUCACUGUGGGUUUUCACCCUCGGCCCGCGAGGCCUCGCGUGUGGACAUUGGGAUUGGGCUGCAGCGUAGCUCCUAUUGGGGAGGUGGCUUCUGUGUGGAGGAAACACCUUUUCUCACGUGACAGUCCACGAUGGCGUCGUGUGUGUGUGUGUGUGUGUGGGGGGGGGGUGCUGUCCAGAGUGAAUGAGUCGUCUGUGAGCUUGUGCGCCAUGAGAAUGGAGCCUGACGGGACAAAGAAAAAAGAAAAACAACCUGCUUUUUGAUCAUUUUUGUCAUCCAGAAAAUGAAAUGUAUAUACCAGCUUAUGCCAAUUCAUAAUAUUUGCACUUUGAAGAACUUCUGUACAGUAUGAUUUGUGAAUCUGCUUAACUUGGUGUGGUGGGUAGAGACAAGAAAAGAAAAAAAAAAAAAAAAGCCAUCCAAGUUUUGAACUGGAAUUCUUAAUCAUCCCAAAUGGAUCAUUUGCCUUUUGCACUUUUUAUUUUUCAAAAUGAUAGUAUUGUUAUUGUGUGUCAUUGCUUUUAGCCUGAACUGUGACAGCUAAAGUAUUGCCCAUAUUUUUUUAAGCUUUCUUUUUUCUCUCUCUCUCUUUUGGACUCUGGUCACAUCCCACUAAAGCCUCUUUCAGCAAUAUCCAGAUCUUUCAACAAAUUAAAACUCUGCUGCAUGAUUUGUCCACCUCAACAAGUGGGGUAAUAUUAGGAUUAAUCUAGUACAAAUACAUUUCUUUGUUUGUAAAUAAAUGAAGAGAAAAAUGACACGGCAGCCAUACUACUUUUUUUUUUUUUUCCUUUUUGUCCAAGAUAAACUUGUAACAUCUUCUCAAACAGUUGUUAUAUUAUCGGAACUGGAAUUAAAUUGACAGAUGAUGUCUUGCAAAAAUGCCAAUAAAGUUCAAAAGCCUGCCAGUAAAA